ACUCAUAAGAUUUAUGAAAAGUGAAUCAUCUGAUAAACAGUAAACAGUUCUACUACAGUAUGAUUUUUCUUAUGCUGAUUUUCAAAUAACCAACAGUGAAAUUCUAAAGUGAAUUCGCAAUCCAGAAAUAUGGCAUGACAUUGCAAAAAAAACAUACCACUGCUUAUCUAAUAAGAUAAGCAUGCACUACAGUUAUCAACCGCUCGAUUAGCGUUGGACUUCAAUUCAGCAACAAAAAAUCAGUUUUUGACUAGUCAUUUCAAGUGACCACCACUUUCCGGCUACAGCAUGGUGAACAUUCGGCCACUGUCGGUUGCGUUAAGCAAAAAGGCACAAGAGGAGCUAAACGAACGACCGGAACGCAUUCAGGAGGAUUUGAAUGCUCUCCGCCAAUGGAUCGCCAAGGCCGCUCACCUGCGGUGCCGGAUUGACGAUCAGUUCCUGGUUGCCUUUCUGCGGGGCUGUAAGUACAGUUUGGAACGAGCGAAGGAAAAGCUGGAUAUGUUCUACACUGUGAGGACAAUGUCCCCGGAGCUGAUCCGCACUAGGGAUCCGGAGGAUCCAAGAACUCGUGCCAUCAUACGACUAGGCGUUGGCCUUGCGCUGCCGAACACGGAAGCAGCCGAUUCUCCCAGAAUUAUACUGGUUCGACCUGCAGCGUACGAUCCGGCGCAAUUUACCAUUUCAGAAAUUAUACGAGUGAGUACGAUGAUAAACGACUUGAUGAUGAUGGAAGAUGACAACUUUGUCGUAGCGGGACAGAUUGGAAUUUUGGACCUGGCAAAUGUCACGAUGGCUCAUUUUCUGCAAUUUACUCCAAGUUUCGUGAAAAAGAUGACGUUGAUGAGCCAAGAGGCAUCUCCGUUGCGCCAGAAAGGUUUUCACUAUAUCAACACACCACAUGGGUUCGAAGUAGUGUUCAACAUGUUCAAGAAUUUUAUGAGCGAGAAAAAUAAAUCAAGGCUAUAUGUUCACGGACAAGAUUUAGAAUCACUGUAUCGGCAUGUACCGAAAAGAUUGCUACCGGCGGAAUACGGAGGAGAGGCAGGACCUAUCCAAGAUAUUAUAAACCAAACCGAGAAAAAGUUUCUUGCUUUUCGGGAGUACUUUCUAGAGGAAGAUAAAUAUGGAACCGAUGAGAAAAAGCGACCCGGACGGCCGAAAGACGCAGAAUCGUUGUUUGGCGUUGAAGGAUCAUUUCGUCAAUUACAAGUGGACUAA